UAUGUUUGUCGCAGUCGCUGCACAACACUAUUACCCAGAAUCAGCGGAAUUUAUAAGAAAAAGCCGAAAACAUGUCAAUAAUAUUAAAACGCAGCCUGCGCACUCCCUGGCUGCUAAAGCAAGUCUGUUAUAGCUCCAGCUCCAAGUCGGGCGAUGCCACCACCGCCGCCGCUGUCAAAACAAUUCCCAAAAACUUGCUCGAAGACAAACACACGGCUGUGCUGCAGAAGGAGAAUGGUGUCAUCUUCGAUAAGCGACCAUUCAAGAUACACCUAGACAAGGACAAAACCUACUCCUGGUGCCUGUGCGGAAAGUCCAAAUCGCAGCCCAUAUGCGAUGGCACGCACAAGAAUGAGUUCCUAAAAAUAAAGCAAAGGCCCAUACGCUUCAAGGUGGAGAAGACGGGCGAAUAUUGGCUGUGCAACUGCAAGCAGACGACCCAUCGACCCUUCUGUGACGGCACACACAAGCAGCCGGACAUUCAGGCAGCUGUUAAAUAGUUUCGUGUCAUAUAUUUGAGAAUGAGAAAAUGCAUUAUUUGAAUCAAGCAACAUAUUGAUUUUAUUCUGAUAAUAGAACAUUAAUUAUACACGCGAUUAAUAAAUGCCUUUCAGUGAUGCACGCGUCUCUCGAA